CGACACCACACAGACGUGUUUGCCCGCCAUGGUCCAUCGCAAGGCCAAAACGCUAUAUUUAUCUUCUUAUUUGCUAAUCAUGGGUCAUAUAGCAUUUGUAAAUUAAGAUAUAGACAUGCUGAAAUGGGUUAAUUUGUUGUUAUAGGCCUAGAUCUAUUUGUAAAAAAUGUCUUGUAAAAAUUCGGAAAGGAAGAGUGUAGGACUAAUUUAACGGGAAGCUUAUUACUGUGACACCUAUUGUAAUCGUAAAAAAGAUGGCGUCUGGUUAGAUAUAUUUUCUCUGCAGUAUUAUUUGGUAACUGAAAUAAAAAUGGAGAUAAUUGAUGUUCCCUCCUACUCCAUGCAUCUACUAGAGCAGCUGAAUCUUCUACGCCAAGAUCAAAUGUUCUGUGAUGUCACAAUUGCCUGCCAAAACAGCACAAUGUUAGUCCACCAGGUUGUUCUAGAGGCCGCCAGCCCAUACUUUCAUCAAUGCAUUGAAAAAUCUGCAUCUGACCAAUGCUGCAUAGACUUUACUCGUUUUGAUGAGAAAUUGUUAGGAAUUGUAAUUGAUUUCCUAUAUUCAAGUAAGUUAAAAGUUUCUAGGGAUACAGUAGGAAAUGUUAUGGAAAUUUGUGAUGAACUGCAUCUACAGUCUGCAGUAGAUGCUUGUAACUUCUUCAUACAGUUCGGAAAUCAGAAACAACACACGGAAAACGAUACUGAAACAGAUGUUAUUGAAAAUGAAACUGCAACAGGUACUGUUACUGACAAUCCUGUAAGGAAAAAACGUAAAGCAGCAACCAUGCAUGAAGAGAUUUCCCCAAAACUUAAUGCAAAAGCCAAAAAGGUAGCCACUGAUAAGCCUAAAAGAACAAGGAAAGCAUACAAACCAAAACAAAGGAAAGCAUCUUCCAGAAAGGUAGUACCUGUUAAGAUAACUAAAGCAGCUGAGAAAAAUGUGAAAGAUGAAUUCAAUCUUGUUAAAGAAGAAGAAAAUAAUCUUAAUAAUAAUGGUGAUGAAAUGGAUUCUAAUGAAGUUGAAGAAACUGCUGAAGCUAUUGUUAAGAUAGAAAAAACUGGCUUUGAACCUGAAAAUGUGCUGCAAGAAAAUGAAGAUAAUGUUAAUGAUAUAGAUGAUGAGGAUGAUGAUGAAGAUUGUAAUGAUGAUGAUAGUGAUACUGAUGAUUAUGAUAGUAAUAUUGUUGAUGAGUCACAAAAUUCUUUGACCGCUGAUGAUGGUAAUAUAAAAAGAAUUGAUGCCGAAGGUAGAGUUUUGAAGAAAAAAGUUAGAAAGAAAAGAGAUGAUCCAACAGUAAAGAAAUCCAAGAAGAGGAGAAGAAAACCUUUUCCAUGUUCUAUGUGUUCAAAAACUUUGACUAGCAAGAAGAGGCAAAUUUUUCAUGAGUACAGCAAGCAUGGAACACCAAUAGAUUUCAAGAACAUCACAUUUGCUGUCAGCCCUUGCAGUGUUGAGGCAAGUUUGAUUUCAUUUAUUUUCCUAAUUAAAUAUAAUUUGUAGUAUGUACUUAAAGAAAGUUUGAGACAUUUAGUUUUGUGAAAUAUAUUCACAAAGUAAUGUAUUGCCUUUCUGGUUGAUAAAUAUGAAAAUUUAUACAUUUACAUAAUCAAACGCCUCCUGUGGCAGAGGGGUUUCCAUCAAUGGCUGAGACAUAAAAA